AGCUUGCGCCUCCACCGUCGCCUUCAGACGCAGUUUGAAUAAACUUAAGUUUUGGGCUGUAGUCAGCGUGCUCCUCUUCUUGCCAGGCAGUGAGCGUGCAGGAGACCAUAAGCACCAUAGAAAACAGACAUUCCGGACCAAAAGAUGUCUGCUCAAAUCAUAAGUGGGAAAGAAGUUUCAGCUCAGGUGAGGGAGCGUCUGAAGAAGGAUGUGGAAAAGAUGAAGCUUCAGGACUCCAACUUCAAACCUGGUCUUGUGGUUUUACAGGUUGGAGACCGUGAUGAUUCCAACCUUUACAUCAGCAUGAAGCUAAAAGCGGCAGCAGAGAUUGGAAUAAAUGCCACACAUUUGAGACUUCCCAAGACUGCGACAGAGGAGGAGGUUCUUCACAGUAUCACAGAGGUGAAUGAGAACUCAUCGGUGCACGGCCUCAUCGUGCAGCUGCCGUUGGACUCAAUCAACAAGAUUGACACAGAGAAGGUCACCAACGCCGUGGCCCCAGAGAAGGAUGUGGACGGACUAACCAGCAUCAAUGCAGGGAAGCUGUCUCGUGGAGACCUGGGCGACUGCUUCAUCCCCUGCACACCGAAUGGCUGCAUGGAGCUCAUCAAACAGACUGGUGUUUCUGUGGCUGGGAAGAGAGCUGUAGUGCUUGGUCGCAGUAAAAUUGUGGGUGCACCCAUGCAUGAUCUGCUGCUGUGGAACCACGCCACCGUCACCACUUGCCACUCGAAAACAGCUGAUCUUGCUGGAGAGGUGGGUAAAGCAGACAUCCUGGUCGUCGGCAUAGGCAGAGCAGAGAUGGUAAAAGGAGAGUGGAUCAAAAAAGGGGCAGUGGUCAUCGACUGUGGCAUCAACCACAUUCCAGACGAUACAAAACCAAGUGGGAAGCGGGUUGUGGGCGAUGUUCACUACAGCUCAGCCAAGGAGCAGGCUGGCUUCAUCACCCCUGUGCCCGGCGGUGUGGGACCCAUGACGGUGGCCAUGCUGAUGUCGAACACCGUGCUGAGUGCAAAGCGUUUCCUGGAGAGCCAUCAGCCGGGGAAGUGGGACAUCUCUUUCACCAAACUCAACAUGCAGAAGCCUGUGCCAAGCGACAUUGUGAUCUCUCGCUCCUGUGUGCCCAAACCCAUCGACCAUCUAGCCAGAGAAGUUGGGCUCCUCUGUGAUGAGGUGGAGUUGUACGGCAAGACAAAGGCCAAGGUCCAGCUCAAUAUCGUCAAACGGCUGCAGGCCCAGCCAGACGGCAAAUACGUGGUGGUCACAGGCAUCACACCCACCCCUCUGGGCGAAGGAAAAAGCACCACUACGAUCGGCCUGGUUCAAGCCCUGGGGGCCCACAUGAAACUCAAUGUGUUCGCAUGUGUUCGACAGCCCUCUCAGGGACCCACCUUUGGCAUUAAAGGUGGGGCUGCAGGAGGAGGAUACUCUCAAGUCAUUCCAAUGGAGGAGUUCAACCUCCAUCUUACUGGUGACAUUCAUGCAAUCACUGCUGCCAACAACUUAGUGGCUGCAGCCAUCGACGCUCGCAUGUUCCACGAGGCUACACAAUCCGACAAGGCUUUGUACAAUCGUUUGGUGCCGCUAAGUGGAGGACAGAGGAAGUUCUCUCCCAUCCAGAUCAACAGACUGAAAAAACUGGGGAUAGAAAAGACUGAUCCCUCCAUGCUGACUGAAGAAGAGAUCACCCGCUUUGCUCGCCUGGACAUGGAUCCAAGCGCUGUCACCUGGCACAGAGUUUUGGACACUAAUGAUCGAUUCCUGAGGAAGAUUACAAUCGGGCAGUCUCCAACUGAGAAGGGCCACACAAGAGAGGCCCAGUUUGACAUCACUGUCGCUAGCGAAAUCAUGGCGGUGCUUGCCCUCACCAGCAGCCUGGAGGACAUGAGACAGCGUUUGGCCAAGAUGGUUGUGGCCACCAGUCGCAGCGGAGAGCCAAUCACAACAGAGGACCUGGGCGUCAGCGGGGCUCUCGCUGUGCUCAUGAAAGAUGCUAUCAAGCCAAACCUGAUGCAGACCUUGGAGGGAAACCCUGUGUUUGUCCAUGCUGGCCCAUUUGCCAACAUCGCACAUGGCAACUCCUCCAUCCUGGCUGAUAAAAUAGCUCUGAAGCUGGUUGGACCUGAGGGCUUUGUAGUGACCGAGGCAGGCUUCGGGGCGGACAUUGGUAUGGAGAAGUUCUUCAACAUCAAAUGUCGCUACUCCGGCCUGAGACCUCACGUGGUGGUGUUAGUGGCCACAGUCAGAGCGCUGAAGAUGCACGGAGGAGGACCAAUUGUCACUGCUGGGAUGCCACUGCCAAAAGAAUACAUUGAAGAGAACCUGGAGCUGCUGGAGAAGGGCUGCAGCAACAUGAGGAAACAGAUCGAGAAUGCUCAGCACUUCGGAGUGCCGGUGGUGGUGGCUGUCAACGGUUUCAAGACAGACACUGAGGCCGAGCUGGACUUUGUCUGUAAAAUGGCCAAAACUGCUGGAGCUUUCGAUGCUGUGCGCUGCUCUCACUGGGCUGAGGGUGGAGCUGGUGCAGUGGCCCUGGGUCAGGCUGUCCAGAGGGCCUCCGAGGCCCCCAGCAACUUCAAGUUCCUCUAUGAUUUAGAGCUCCCUAUUGCUGAUAAGAUUCGAAUAAUUGCCCAGAAGAUCUACGGAGCGGACGAUAUUGAACUUCUCCCAGAGGCUCAACACAAGGUGGAGCUCUACACCAAACAGGGUUUCGGCAAUCUGCCAAUGUGCAUGGCAAAGACUCACCUGUCGCUUUCUCACGAGGCUGACAAGAAGGGUGUGCCAACAGGGUUCAUCCUGCCAAUCAGAGACAUCCGAGCCAGUGUCGGCGCUGGCUUUCUGUUCCCACUGGUUGGCACGAUGCCAACAAUCCCUGGUCUUCCCACCAGACCAUGUUUCUACGACAUCGACCUUGACCCUGACACUGAACAGGUCAAUGGGCUCUUCUAAAGCGGAGCUCUUCUUUAUUCAGGACAGCUGAAGAGAGACAGGAAAUGUGGGGAGUAGAGAGCGAGGGAAGACAUGCAGGAGAUGGUCGCGGCCGGGAGUCGAGCCAGUGACCCCUGCCACUAAGACCCUCUGUAUGUGGGGUGCUUCGACUGCCCCCCAGCUUUUUUUGCAAUGAUGUUGGCAUUCAUAUCACAUCAAACUGCUGUUAAAGACUAAUGAUAUUAUGUAUCUUUUAUUAAAUUCACUCACAUAGGAGGGGGUAUUCAGUAUUGGCCAACUCUAAUUUUAAAACUAGUGGACACAAAAGAGAAGAGUUAUGUCUUACCCUAGUUUCUUUUUUGUCCUGCUGUACAGACGCACCCCAGCACCCUUCGCUGGACCUAAAUGAAACGUCAAGGACGAAUAACUGGAAGAGCUUUGAGCUUGUCAACUGGUCCUCAUGUAGUUUUUCAACCAAACACUGAGAUCUUUAAAUAAUUAGUUUUCUUUAUUUACAGAGGUCCUGGGGACAAAUUAAAGAAAGUAAAACAAUCAGAGAAUAGUUUUUUUCCCAUGACACUGUGAAAGAGUUCUUGUAAGGGUGAAGUGUCCUUUAAAACAUUUCGUUUACAUUGCCUGCCGCACAUUUGUUUUCACAUCCAAGAAAAAUAAUGGCAAUAAAUAGCCCAAACUUUUAAAACAAGCACAUCUGCAGUGUUCUUUUGAUUGUCAAUGUAUAUUUUAUUUACACUUCACCAAAAGUAUCUCCUCUCAACCACUGUCUGUAUUAGUCUGCUGACAUGUAUCUGCCUUUGGAAUACAUUUGAUGUUUAAAAAAAGACUGAACAUAAAAUGACUGCUACCUUUUAUUCCUUUCUGUGUUAAAGCCACACUCUGACCACAGUCUGCCAGUUUUCUCUGUAGCCUCUCCUGUGCCCUAACUGGAUAUUUUUAACACUGUCUAACAUUGGCAGAGCGUCGCCACUGCUGUGAAACUGAACUGUCACAAUGCUGUAAAUCAGUGGUUUCUACUUUCUGCCAGGAAAUAUCAAAUAAAGUGUCCUAUACAAAAAGCCACA